UUCUCCGGAGUUCUCCCACUCUUCCACCUGCAUCACUGCUCAUGGCAGUUUGGUCUUUUCCAAGCCUACUGCCAAAACUCCUCUCCUUCGUCUUGUUCAUGGCGGUGGUCGUGGUGGUAGUAGCAGUCCUGGUGGUGGGCUUCUUCUUGUUCUACUUCCAAAGGAGCCUUAGUCCAUGAUAGCCUUCUUCUACUUACAUUCUUCUUCUUCUUCUUCUUCUUCUUCUCCAUGUCCUUCCUCCUGCUCGACGUCGUCGUUGGCAGUAACACGGGGAGCUCAGGAAAGACGAGGGAGGAACCCUGAAGGAACAAGAACCAGCUUCCAAUGCUGCAUUAGAGCUUGGUCCGUCUUGUACGACGAGUGAGUGAAGAAGUAAACUUGGAACAAGUGACCGACCACGGAUGGCUCAGUCUGCUGCUUUUUUGAGAUUUCGAGUAGCAUCCUCACCAGUACAACAGCACUGCUCAUGAACUCAGGAAGAUCCUGUGAGGAGGCAAUAACUUCGGAUUAUAUCAUUCCUGAUCCAAGACCUCUCACACCACUCGAACGGGUUUUCGACCAUUGAAUUGAUGUGCUGCAGUUGAAUCCGUCAUGAGUCAACCGGGGUUCAUUGCCUCUCAAGGUGAUGCUGCUCACUCUGGGGUUGUAGACUGCGACUCGGAGUUCAACAUGGGGCUCAGCCCCAAAGUGACAUCAUGCCAAAGAAAACUUUGCGUGCUCAACGUGGAACAAUGAGCCGACUCAAGAAGUGAUCUCUCAUCAUUAUCUGACACAUUGUGGGUGAACCAGCAUGAUUGCGAAAUUCUGAAGUCCAAAAUGGCCCGAGUCCAUUCAAAAGGCACAAGCUCUCUCCUAGCCAAGACCUGAUCCGGGCAAUUAGGUCACACCUUCGGUUUACUUGAUUUUUCUUUUUACUUCCUACCUCAAAAGUGUAGUGCUUGGUAAAACAGCCAAAUCCUAAUUCCUGAGAAAGAUCCGACAUCUAAUGAAAUUCUCAAGAAACUCUCAAAGGGUGAAGAUGUUUUAAUCUUCCUGGUAGAUGUUGACUAAGCUCCAUGUGGUCAUUUUGCAUUCGAUCUCUUUGCCACCUGAACUAUGACAUAAACAUCUCGCAGGGUGGCUCUAGUGUUUUCCACAGCAUUUGGCCAUUGCUCCUUUGCUUUCAAGAUUCUUCAAAGCUUGGGUGCUUUUUCUAUCGCACCUUAACCCCCGUGGGUGGCAUCGACCAUGGUCAAAGCACACCCAAGGCCCCAGCGUUGGCUCAAUCCCCCCGAUUCCCAUUUCCUCUUGGAUUCCCACGCUUCCAAAGGGACAAGAGGUUUGAGCGCCGAAUCACCUCAUUUCUACUGCCAAUAUUAUCCAAUGAGCCCAUCAUCAUUAUCUCCAUUGAUAGGGUGUUCAAGAGCCAAGGCAUCAGGGCCACCUUCAUAUCCCUCAAUGUCAAAUUGGAAGCAUUGGCAACGGAAGAAAACGCUACUCCAACCCUCGCGCUCCACUUCCCCUUCAUGUUAUGCACUGGCUCUUCUUCAUAUUAGCACCAAUGAGGCUUACUCUCACCAGCAUGGAGAGCAAUUGUUGCUAAGAAGAUUCGUUAAAAGAAAAAGAUAUGAGAAAAUGUGUCCAUCGCUCACUUAUGAUGCCCACAAGGACACCACCUCAACAGAUGAACAAACAUCACAAGAACAGCUCAGCGCAUCCUGGAGAAUAGUCCCCACCGGCAUUAUGACGCUCUAUGGUCAUGCUCAUCAGUACAACGACAACAACGAAGAUGAUGAGGAUGAUCAUCAUGACGAUGGUUGCAAUGGUUCUAGUCAUGCAUAUGAUGGUCAAGCCAAUCCAUUGGAAUCUUCAUCAGUUAGAGGAGAAUUUCGAGGUCCAAUCUCCAAUAUCGAAGGUUUACCCCUUUCAUUGGCCUCCUCCCCGACAUCAUCACCAUCGACGUCGGCCCCACUAUCGCCGGUCCCAUCAAACUUCACAGCAUCUGCUACUCCGUGUUAUACUUCGCACUUGCCUUUGGUGCGUACGUCGGCUUUCGAAAUAACAGCGCCCACCCCUUCGGCGACGUCGAUGGACGGGGCUGCGCCCUCCUUUUCAAAUCUUGGCAUCAAGAAAAACACCCACUCGUCUGCGGCCUCGAAAUCUUCGUCUUUUUCUUCCUCCUCCUCUUCUUCUUCUUCUUCUUUUGUCUGCUCCUCCUCCUUCUUCUCUUAUUAUUCUACUUCUUCUCCCUCAUCAUCUUUCCUCAACCCACGGGGCAACAACAUCUUAUCGGAAUUGCUUCCAGAGCCUGUGACACCGUCCUCUAAACGUCAUCACGCCAAACCAUCGCGACGACAGCAUAUUCACUUGCGGUCUUGCCGAUGGAUUGCCAUAAUCGUUGUUCAAUGGCUUCGAUGGCUCUUUCAUGUUAUCUCUCCUCUUCCUCACCUCUCCACCCCUCGACAACCCUGGCAAGAGUUGGCCUCUUUGGUAUUAUGUGAUGUAACCAAUAAUUGUUCAAGAGUCAAGAAGUUGUGUUGGUGGUGGUGGAUGGGGUGGUCAUCCUCGCCGUCGCAUUGCUUUGCUUUUUCCAUGCCCUUUUCUGCUUCCACCCCCGCCACCGGAUGGAUAUCCUUGGUAAGGCCCUGGCCUUCUCUGUGUAGAGGCUGCAUGAGAACCACCCCAACUCAGAGAAAAUCAUUGUCCUCGUGUCUAAGCCAUAGGCCAACAAGAAUGGUGCCAAGGAUCCGGCACCCGGCUCCAUUGGCUCCAAGCUUCGGGGGGUGGACCUCCACCAUGUUCUCCCUGGGUGUUCUGCUGUUAGUGCACCUCGUUGUGGUAGAUAGUGCCAAAAUAGGUAGUUUUCAGUGUGGCUACGGCGUGUCAGCCAGUCUUGCUUGCCUACCCAAGGAUUACUCCAAGUUUGAGCUUCCCAUGAAGACUGGUGUCAACGAGAUCUCUGUCAGCAUACAUAUUGACGAGGUUUUACGCAUCAAUGAUAAGGACUACAGUAUCACCUUUGCAUGUUAUUUCAAUGUGAAGUGGCCUGACAAGCGGAUUCGCCUGGACCAAGAUUUUGGACAAGAGCAGGCCGGACCUGGUGUCAAUGUCACGAACAAUCCGAACAUUUUAGUACCAAUGAGCUUGGAGAUGGUCAAGGAUCUUUGGCUGCCCAACAUUUUCAUCUAUAAUAUCAAGACCUACAAGGUCAUUGACGUGCUCAAUAAGUUGGCUGGGCUCUGGAUUGGCACUGACAAGAGUGUCAUGUAUUCCCAGGCCACGCACAUCACCUUCAUUUGCCCAAUGCGCUUUGACAAGUUCCCACUUGACACCCAGACCUGCAAGUUCCAGGUGGGCAGCUACUCCUAUGACGACUCCAAAAUGACAUUCGAGACGGAUGUAGCGGCCUACUCGGAGCCCAAGACCUCCAAUAGCAUAGCUUUGGAUUAUGCCAUCACCAUCAACAAGCUCAAGCGCUCCGAUCAGGUCUUCCUUGGAGGGCCAUUGGGUAAUUUCUCGUUGGCGGGCUUUGAGAUGGUACUUCAUCGAUAUGUCUCCACCUACAUCAUCACCUACUACUUACCUAGUGGACUCUUUGUGAUAGUGAGCUGGAUCAGUUUCCUGAUCCCGAUGGAUGUGAUCCCGGGACGAAUGGCCUUACUGGUUACCCUGUUCCUCGUGUUGGUGAACAUCUUCAAUACAGUCACCACCAACACACCCAAAGCGGAGGGAUUGACUGCCAUUGAAGCAUGGAUGUUGGCAUGCAUCCUCUUCGUGUUUGGAGCUCUAAUUGAGUAUGCCGCCAUCUUGUUCAAGAAGCAACGUUACGUGUCAAGCCAGCAUCGCUUGAACAUCAAGAUCGUUUGCAAAGACAACUUCAAGUACGAGGUCCAGGAACGCGCUGCCACCAGUGCUGUGAGUCUCCAGCAAUUGGCCGAGGAAUACUGGAGGAUUGACAAGUUCUUCCUUAUCUCAUUCCCGAUCCUGUUCUUCAUCUUCAACAUCAUCUAUUGGUUGGCCUUCAUUCUCUAAAGUGGAUGCAUUCAGCCAAUAGACAUCUAACUGGGAGAAAGGCCAAUCAGGGAUUCGCGAUUUGCUCAAAAUUAGAAUUGCUUGAUGGAAUUUCCAAUGUUCAGUGUCCUACUACUACUAUACUAUACUAUAUACUUCUAUCAUUAUCAUUAUCAUCAUUAUUACUACUACUGCUACCACUACUAAUCCUAGGAAUGCUCCAAUGAAUCCGGUGUUAAAACAGAACAUCUCUCACAACCAUUUAGACCUGAGAACGUUUUACAACAACAUACACACAAAAAAAGAUGUUGCUUUUGGACAGUCGAAACCAAAAGUUAACUGCAAUUGACCGUGAUAGCUCAAAAGAUAAAACAGACAAUAUGCAAGAAAAAGUUUAUCCUCAUUCAAAGAUGGCUUGUCAUGGACAAAGUGCAAGAAGUACUUGACGUCGAUAAUCAUGCAAUACGAGAAGACAUAUUAGACAAUGGUCAUCAACUUGAAUCAUUCUGCUCUCUCAAUUCCAAUCUUCCAAGACAGAAAAUUCGAAACAAGCGCCAAAACUAACCGAAUCAUUCCGAUGACUUUGACCUCUAAACGAGAUUUCUCCAAAUUUUAUCCUUCAACUCCUUACUACUACAACUCCUUGCAAAUUACUUUGUCAGAUGGAAAAAGAAUCAUCGUUGUGUUUAUGAGAAUGUUUUUGUAACCUAAUAGCGUAUCAUUGUUUAAAUGGUUUGUAUCUAUCCACAGAACACAUACAUACACACAUACAUACACAAACUCAAAACACUCACUCACAAACGACAACUAACUCUUACUGGCUUUCUGUAACCAGUCCGUGGUAGGUGGUUCAAAAAAUGCAUCAAUAUCUUCUUCAAUUCAUCAUCAGACCUAACAAUCCUGAGUUGGAAUUCAGCACGUGAAUCUCAGCCGGAGAAAGACCACCUAAAAAAGACCGACAAAAAUGUUAUGUUCAGUUUGCCAGCCAAAGCACUACUCUUUGUUGUAUAUUCAAAGAAUUUACCGCAGGGAGUGAUUUGCAUGAUGUUGUGUUAUUGGCGUAAAAACUCCAAUUGGACAAAAAUGGUGUUUUAACGCACUAAUCUGUUCCACAGGAAAAGGAAGACUGUGUUUGGAUUUAUUGGACUGAUAAACAAGACACAACAAAGGGUGACCAUUAUUUUGAGGGAAAGAAAAAAAAAACAUUGAACUGUGCAUGUUAUUAGCAUACGUACUUGCCUAAAUAAAAAGAAACAUCGUGA